GUGCAUGAAAGACUCAUGGAGAGAGGAGCAAGAAAAUCAAGUGGAUCUAUUAAAAGGGCCUCAAUCAGUCGCACCAGCUCUGGCUCCCAGAAGGGGCUGAAAGCUUGGAUUGAGAGAACAUUUCAGAAAAGAGAAUGCAUUCACAUCAUUCCAUCUAAGGAUCCAACACGGUGUGCCUGUGGUCAUUUGGUGACCCAACAUGGCGCCAUCCAAACGGAAAAAAGGGAGGACUUGUUAGUCCCGGUGAACCCCCCUCAGGAGAAGUGGACUGUACUCAAACACACACAGGCUUCCUCCACUGAUGCUUAUGGCACCAUUGAGUUUCAAGGAGGAGGAUUUGUCAACAAGGCCAUGUACAUCAGAGUAUCUUAUGAUACCAAACCUGACAGCUUGUUGCACCUAAUGGUAAAAGACUGGCAUCUAGAGCUACCCACACUCCUCAUAUCAGUUCAUGGAGGCCUCCAGAAUUUUGACCUGCAGCCCAGACUCAAGCAGGUCUUUGGUAAAGGUCUGAUUAAAGCUGCAGUGACAACAGGAGCAUGGAUCUUCACUGCAGGAAUUAACACAGGUGUGAUCCGCCAUGUUGGAGAUGCGCUGAAAGACCAUUGCUCUAAAUCCAGAGGGAAAGUCUGUGCCAUUGGGAUCGCACCAUGGGGAAUCCUGGAGAGCAAGGAGGAUCUCAUAGGAAGAGAUGUGACCAGACCUUACCAGACAAUGUCCAACCCUCUGAGCAAGCUGGCCGUUCUCAACAGCAGCCACUCUCAUUUCAUCCUGUGUGAUAAUGGCACAUGUGGGAAGUAUGGGGCAGAGGUCAAGCUGCGUAGACAGCUGGAGAAGCACAUCUCUCUGCAGAAGAUUAACACCCGUUUAGGUCAGGGUGUGCCACUAGUAUGCCUGAUCGUGGAAGGAGGCCCAAACAUGAUCACUGUGGUGCUGGAAAGCUUGUGUGAGGAACCUCCAGUGCCUGUAGUAGUGUGUGAUGGCAGUGGCAGAGCUUCAGAUAUCCUCUCAUUUGCCCACAAACACUCGGAGAAUGAAGGGACAAUAAGCGAUGAUGCCAGAGACCAACUACUGGUCAGCAUUCAGAAGACCUUUAACUACAACAAGACUCAGUCGCAGCAGAUCUUCCUUAUGAUCAUGGAGUGCAUGAAGAGAAGGGAGCUGAUAACAGUCUUUCGAAUGUGUUCAGAGGGACAGCAGGACAUUGAGAUGGCCAUUUUAACAGCUUUAUUGAAAGGCACGAAUGCCUCAGCCUCAGACCAGCUGAGCUUGGCUCUUGCCUGGAAUCGGGUGGAUAUAGCACGCAACCAAAUCUUUGUUUACGGACACAACCUGCCACCAGCAAGUGCUGUAGCUAGUGCCACAUCCAGUCUGAAAGGCAAGAGCCCUCCUGCAGCAUCACAGGGCACAGCUAAGGGCAGAGGAAAGAGGAGCAAAGGGGGGAAGCCCAGUGGAGAUGUUCAAGAGGAUCUGGACCCUAGAAAGCUAGAAUUACUCAACUGGGUAUACUCACUGGAGCAGGCAAUGAUGGACGCACUGGUGCUGGACCGAGUAGAUUUUGUUAAGCUGUUGAUUGAAAAUGGGGUCAACAUUCACCAUUUCCUCACCAUCCCACGGCUAGAGGAAUUAUAUAACACGAAACUUGGACCUGUUAACACACUGAACGCUGUAGUCCGAGAUGUUAAAAAGGGCAACCUUCCUCCUGACUAUCAAAUUACAUUAAUUGACAUUGGCCUGGUGAUGGAGUACCUUAUGGGAGGAGCCUAUCGCUGUAAAUACACAAGAAAAACCUUCCGUUCUCUCUACAACAACCUUUAUGGACUUAAAAGGCCAAAGGCUCUAAAACUUCUUGGGAUGGAGGAUGAUGAACCAAAUCUGAAAGGAAAGAAGAAAAAGAAGAAGAAAGAGGAGGAGGUGGACAUUGACGUGGACGACCCUGAGGUCAGCCGUUUCCAGUAUCCGUUCCACGAGCUGAUAGUCUGGGCCGUGCUGACGAGGAGGCAGAAGAUGGCUCUGUUCCUGUGGCAGAGGGGAGAGGAGGCCAUGGCUAAGGCCUUGGUGGCCUGUAAGCUUUAUAAAGCCAUGGCCCAUGAAUCCUCUGUCAGUGAGCUGGUGGAUGACAUAUUUCAGGAUCUAGAUAACAACUCCAAGGAGUUUGGAACUUUGGCCUACGAGCUUCUGGACCAGGCGUACAAACAUGAUGAACAGGUGGCUAUGAAGCUGCUGACCUACGAGCUUAAGAACUGGAGCAACUCCACCUGUCUGAAACUAGCUGUAGCAGCCAAGCACAGAGACUUCAUUGCCCACACUUGCAGUCAGAUGCUGCUUACUGACAUGUGGAUGGGCUGUCUGAGAGUUGGCAAAAACCCUGGACUUAAGGUGAUUGCAGGCAUCAUCUUUCCUCCUUCAAUCCUGCUCCUGGGUUUCCGUGUGGGUGAUGAAACCUUCCAAGGCUCUGAUGACAGCACAGGUGCCAAGGACAAGGAAGAUGACAACAAGUCCAGCAGGAUAUCCAGGGAUGCUGCCGCAGAUUCACACUCAAAAAAAGGUGAUGAAGAAGGCGGCAGUAAGAAACUGAGACAUGUCCCCAUUGGAAGAAAGAUCUAUGAGUUCUACAAUGCUCCAUUCACCAAGUUUUGGUUCACUACAAUCUCAUACCUCGUGUAUCUCAUGCUGUACAAUUAUAUUGUCCUGGUGAAGAUGGAACGCUGGCCAUCAAUCCAAGAGUGGUUGGUCAUUUCCUACAUACUGACACUUGGCCUAGAGAAAGUGAGACAGAUUCUUAUGUCAGAGCCUGGUAAGCUCAAGCAGAAGAUUAACGUGUGGUUGGAGGAGUACUGGAACAUCACAGACCUGGUGGCCAUCUCUACAUUCCUGCUUGGUCUCCUCCUCCGACUACAACCUGAACCUUACAUGGGCUAUGGCCGGGUUAUAUACUGUGUGGACAUCAUCUUCUGGUACAUCCGCGUGUUGGAUAUUUUUGGGGUCAACAAAUACCUUGGACCCUAUGUCAUGAUGAUUGGCAAGAUGAUGAUCGACAUGUUGUACUUUGUGGUGAUCAUGUUGGUGGUCCUUAUGAGUUUUGGGGUUGCACGACAGGCCAUCCUCCACCCAGACGAAGAACCCACAUGGAGACUGGCCCGAAACAUUUUCUACAUGCCCUACUGGAUGAUCUAUGGAGAGGUGUUUGCGGACUCAAUAGACCGUAAGACCAGAAUUGAUAUUUAUGCCAUGGAAAUAAACCCCCCCUGUGGAGAUAAUAUGUAUGAUGAGGAUGGAAAGAAACUCCCUCCCUGCAUUCCCGGCGCCUGGCUCACUCCAGCCAUCAUGGCCUGCUAUCUGCUAGUAGCUAACAUCCUUCUCGUCAACUUGCUUAUCGCUGUUUUCAACAACACUUUCUUUGAGGUGAAGUCCAUUUCUAACCAGGUGUGGAAGUUCCAGCGGUAUCAGCUGAUCAUGACUUUCCAUGACCGGCCAGUGCUUCCUCCUCCCCUCAUCAUCUUCAGCCACAUGUACAUUCUCAUCAAACAAAUCUGCUGCCGCUGUAGCAGGAAAAAAGAAGGCGAGCUGGAUGAAAAGGACAAAGGACUGAAGCUUAUCCUGAAUACCGAGGAGCUGAGAUGCCUGUAUGAGUUUGAGGAGGAGUGUGUGGAAGAGUACUUCAGAGAGAAAGAAGAUGAGCAGCAGUCCUCAAAUGACGAAAGGAUAAGGGUGACAUCUGAAAGGGUGGAAAACAUGUCCAUGCACCUGGAGGAAGUCAAUGAGAAAGAGAACAACAUCAAAGCCUCUUUGCAGACGGUGGAUCUAAGGCUGGCCCAGUUGGAGGACAUCUAUUCUCGCAUUAUGACAGCCUUGGAGAAACUGGCAGGGAUUGACCAGAGUGAACUGAAGAGGACAAACUCACGGGUUUCCUCUGUUAGUGGCUUCUCGUCUCUCCUCCGCACGGGCAGUGUUAACAGCAACGAUGGAUACAGUCUUCACUGUUACAGUAUGGAUGACUGUCCAAGUACCGAGGAGAAGGACGCGCCCAAGUCAAGCCAACUGACAGUGGCACAUGUGAAGAGGACAUCUAACUCCACAACUCACAAUCCAAAUGAUUAUGGGCUGAAUUCUGAGAUGGACAUUCCAGCAGUAAGGAUCUGUCCAAACUCACGUGGAAACACUUGGAUCCCUGUUUGUGAAAAGGCAGCUGUUUCUAUGGAUCAGUGUGGAGAAGCCAAAACAGCAUGUGAAGCUUCACCAUAUUUAGUUCAAAGGUCUAGGAGCACCAGCUUGUUUAGUCCAACUGCCAGAGAAGGUUUAAUACAGAGAGCCAAAGAGCCUAAUUUUCUUCAAAAAGGGAUUGCCAGAUCCUCAACCACGCGUCGGUGGAGUGCUGGCUCUGAGUAUAAAGUGCAACCUAAUCUCCAGCCACCUCCAGACAUCCACAUUAUCAAAGCCACAGAGACGAAUGAAGCCCCUAAAUCUGAGGAUCAGCUGAACAUUCACAGCACAGAGAUGAGAACUGAAGAAGAAGAAGAAGAAGAAGAAGAAGAAGAAGAAGAAGAAGAAGAAGAAGAUGGUCAUAUAGGAAGACCUGAUAUUAAACAAGAGAACAGAAAAAAGAAUGGUUCAGAGGAAAGUCUACAUAUGGAAGGUAAUACAGAAAAAAGAGACAAAGAACCAACAGAGACAGAUGAAAUGUGGAGAAACUCAGUUGAAGAUGGAAGGAUGAACAUGCAUGAAGAUAUUCCUGACUCUUUUCAUCUUCUGGUACCUGAAGAGAGAACCUUUCCACCUGGAAGAUCGAAGAGCUGGAACACAAAAUGUCGCAAAGCUUUAAGGGAAAGUGCAGACAAGCCCCGAGGCUUUAGCAGUGAGAGUAGCCUUUCACAUGGAAGUUCCUUCAAGAAGUCUACAGAAAAAUUUGGGAAAGGGUCAGGGAAGGAGGAGUGAAAUAAAAAAGAUAGAUCUAAGGUCAUGUGAUGAGACUGAUAAUUAGGAGUAAGCAUGAUUAGAGGUGUAAAUAAACUAAAGCUUCUGUAGCCUGGUCAUAGUUAUCCUGGUGCAAAGUAGAAAUACACCCCCGGAUGAGGUGGUUGGAAUUCCAUCACAGGGCAUUAAGAACUUUGUACAUCAAUAACUUUAUUGAUGAUUAAAACACUUACAAAGGUAAGAGAAAUUUAGUGUUUUGUUUUUAGAUCCUAAACGUGUGAUCAAUAACUUCAAGUAUACCGUUCUGUAUAUUGUACACCGGUCAGCCAUAACAUUGUGAGCAGUGACCGGUGAAGUGAAUAAGACUGAUGAUCUCCUCAUCAUGGCACCUGUUAGUGGGUGGGAUAUAUUAGGCAGCAAGUCAACAUUUUGUCCUCAAAGUUGAUGUUAGAAGCAGGAAAAAUGGACAAGCGUAAGGAUUUGAGAGAGUUUGACCAAAAGGGCCAAAUUGUGAUGGCUAGACCACUGGAUCAGAGCCUCUCCAAAACUGCAGCUCUUGUGGGGUGUUCCCGGUCUGCAGUGGUCAGUAUCUAUCAAAAGUGGUCCAAGGAAGGAACAGUGGUGAACCGGCGACAGGGUCAUGGGCGGUCAAGGCUCACUGAUGCACGUGGGGAGCGAAGGCUGACCUGUGUGAUCCGAUCCAACAGAUGAGCUACUGUUACUCAAAUUGCUGAAGAAGUUAAUGCUGGUUCUGAUAGAAAGGGGGUCAGAAUACACAGUGCAGGAUGGGUCAGGGCUGUUUCAGCAACAAAAGGGGGACCAACACAAUAUUAGGCUGGUGGUCAUAACGUUAUGCCUGAUCAGUGUAUGUAUAACUACAUAAUGAUAUAGUAAAUUAGUAUUUAUAUAUAACAAGUAAUAAAUAAUAUUCUUGCCUUACAGUUGACUUAAAUGUUGUUUAUAUAGUGUUUGACAACCACGGAUUUGUUAAGACAUGCAUGAUAUUUAUUAUUAUUAAUAUGUUGUUGUUGUAAUGGAAAGCUGUUCUUAUUGUCCCUUAAAAUGUAAAGU